GAUGGGCGACGACUUUUGAGGCUGGUUUUUGUGUGAAUUUUCUAACGGUGAUGCUAUUCUAGCUAGCGCCAAGGAUGCAUAUCAAACAGAUUAUCAUCCAAGGUUUCCGGUCCUAUAAGGAGCAGACGGUAACAGAGCCUUUCAGCGCAGGCCAUAACGUCGUCGUGGGGCGUAACGGGUCAGGCAAAUCUAACUUUUUCUACGCUAUCCAGUUCGUGCUUAGCGAUGAGUACGCCCACAUGCGCCCGGAACAACGGCAAGCACUGCUGCAUGAAGGCACUGGGCCUCGCGCUCUAUCAGCAUACGUCGAAAUUAUUUUCGAUAACACGGAUGGACGUUUGCCCGUGGACUCAGAGGAGGUGGCAAUCCGUCGUGUGAUAGGGGCAAAAAAAGACCAGUAUUUUCUUAAUAAGAAGAUGGUUACCCGCACCGACGUGAUGAACCUCCUCGAAAGCGCGGGAUUUUCGCGCUCUAAUCCUUACUAUAUCGUCAAACAGGGAAAGAUCAACCAGAUGGCAACAGCUCCUGAUUCGCAACGGUUGAAGCUUCUUCGGGAGGUCGCAGGUACCCGUGUCUAUGAUGAAAGGAGAGAGGAAUCAAAGGAAAUGAUUAAGGAGACAGAUGCGAAAAAAGAAAGAAUUGACGAAGUCCUUAAGUUUAUUAUGGAGAGGCUGGCCACUCUUGAGGAAGAGAAAGAAGAACUCAAAGAAUAUCAGAAAUGGGACAAGAUGCGACGCUCGCUCGAAUACACCAUUUAUGAUCAUGAAUUGAAGGACACCAAAAAAAAGCUUGAAGAGCUGGAGACCCGUCGCGAGUCCAGUAGCUCCGUUACCGAGAAGCUCCGGGAAAAUCUACAGAGUGCAGCGGAAAAAAUAAAAAAGCUAAGCAAGGAACUCCGUGAUAUUCGUCAAAAAGUGGCGGCCAACAGGGAAGAAAAGGAGACACUGUCAUCUGAGAACUCUGGCAUCCUCAAGGAAAAAACACGACUGGAGCUCACCAUCAAAGAUCUCAAAGAUGAGGUGGAGGGUGAUGAUAGCUCGCGUAAGCGAGCUGAGCGAGAGCUAGCAAAAUUGAAAGACACGAUCUCGGCAAAACAGACAAAGCUGGACGAGAUCCGUCCUCAGUACGAGGUGAUGAAGAAAAAAGAAGAGGAGUGCACACGGGAACUGAGUCUCAAGGAACAGAAGCGAACUGAGUUGUAUGCCAAGCAAGGCAGAGGGUCACAGUUCACCUCGAAAGCCGAACGGGACAAAUGGAUUCAGAAGGAGCUAAAGUCGCUGCAAAAGGCCAUCCGUGACAAGCGUGAGCAGAUCGAUAGGCUUCAGGAUGAGGCUCAGAGGGACGCCGCUAAGAAAGUGAUGCUCGAGAAGAAAGUGGACGAACUUACAAAGGAGCUGGAAAACCACCGGGAUAAUAUCGACGGACAGAAUAAAAGCUACUAUGACAUGAAGAAACGGAAGGACACGUUACAGACGGAACGUAAUGAGCUUUGGCGCCACGAAAACCAGUUACAGCAAUCCUUAGCCGGCCUUAAAGAGGAAAUGCAAAAGAAGGACCAAGGUCUUAGAUCGAUGACAGGCAAGGCUACAUUAAACGGGCGAGACUCGGUGCGUAAAGUACUGCAAGCAUUCCGAGAGCGGGGUGGCCAGUGUAAGCAGAUAGCCGAGCAAUAUUAUGGUAUGCUAAUCGAAAAUUUCGAUUGUGAUAAAACGAUCUAUACAGCCGUCGAAGUGACAUCAGGUAAUAAACUGUUCUACCAUAUUGUUGAAAACGACCGAAUCGGCACAAAAAUUUUGCAAGAAAUGAACAAACAGGGCCUUCCAGGAGAAGUGACCUUCAUGCCGUUGAAUCGACUAGUGUACCGUGAACAGGAUUAUCCAGAGAGCAACGAUGCAAUCCCCAUGAUUUCGAAGCUAAAAUACGAGCCACGCUUUGAACGCGCCAUGAAAUAUAUUUACGGUAAAACUCUAAUAUGUCGCAACCUUGAGGUGGCCACACAGAUUGCAAGGACUUCGCAGCUGGACUGCAUCACCCUGGACGGUGACCAGGUAUCACAUAAGGGUGCAUUGACUGGUGGCUAUUUUGAUACCCGCCGGUCCCGUUUGGAUCUGCAUAAAGGACAUGCGACAGUGUCGAAAGAGAUCAAAGAUGUUGAACAGCAACUUUCCGAGCACAAGGAAAAGCUACAGCGGAUCGAGAGUGAGAUCAAUCAGGUUGUGGCUGAUAUGCAACGUACUGAGACGAAGAACUCAAAAAAUAAAGACGUAUUCGACAAGCUUAAGGCCGAUAUACGGUUGAUGAAAGAUGAACUCUCAGCCCUCGAGAGGUCCAAACAGCCGAAGGAACGCUCUCUUGCAUCGUUGGACUCGUCACUCAAAUCUAUGCAGUCUACAGAACAAAGCCUCCGUUCCGAACUUCAACAAGAAUUGCUAACCCAGUUAAGCGCCGCUGACCAAAACGAGGUCGACACUCUUAACGACGACAUCCGACGGCUAACGCAACAAAAUAAAGAGGCAUUCUCGGAAAGGAUGAGGCUUGAAGCGGAAAAGAACAAACUCGAGAAUCUUCUUAACAAUAAUCUCUACCGGCGGAAAGAGGAACUUGAAGCUGCGUUACAAGAGAUAUCGGUGGAGGACCGACGGAGAAAGUUGGAGAAUUGUCAAGCGGAGCUCACCACUGUAAAUUCUCGGAUUGAAGACGUGCUCAGACAGAUGCAUGGCCUCGAGAAGCAGUUGGAAACCAGUUUAAAAGAGCAAAAGGAAGUAGGCGCCCAAUUGGAACAUUGGAAAGGCCAAGAACGAGACUGGCAGGAUCGAAUUAACGACGAUGCGAAGGAUCUCGAAAAAAUGAGCAGUCGGCAAAGUGUUCUGCUCAAAAAAAAGGACGAAUGCAUGAAGAAGAUUCGCGAUCUCGGUUCACUACCAUCAGAUGCAUUCGAGAAGUAUCAAACUUUGACCUUGAAGCAGUUAUUCAAGAAGCUCGACCAGGCUAACAACGAACUAAAGAAGUAUUCCCAUGUAAAUAAAAAGGCUCUUGACCAAUUUGUUAGUUUCUCAGAACAGAAAGAGAAACUGAUGAAACGUAAAGAGGAACUAGAUCGGGCCGGACACUCAAUUCGAGAGCUGAUGAGUGUGCUCGAACAGCGCAAGUACGAAGCGAUCCAGUUCACCUUUAAACAGGUGUCGAAAUAUUUUACCGAAGUGUUUAAGAAGCUCGUUCCGCAGGGUCAUGCCAAUCUGACGAUGCGUACGGAUAAGGAUAAGGAGAACGAUGAUGACGAUGAAGAGGGAGCUAGCGCUGACAAUUUUACCGGAAUCGGUAUCCGCGUGUCAUUUGUGGGAAAAAACUCCGAAAUGAAGGAAAUGCAACAGCUUUCUGGUGGUCAAAAAUCGCUGGUGGCACUAACAUUGAUCUUCGCCAUUCAAAAGUGUGAUCCAGCUCCGUUCUACUUAUUUGACGAGAUUGACCAGGCAUUGGAUGCUCAACAUCGACGAGCUAUCGCUGAAAUGAUACAUGAGCUCUGCAGCGACGCCCAGUUCAUUACGACAACGUUCCGGCCCGAGCUGCUGGUAAACGCCGACAAAUUUUACGGAGUAAAAUUUCGUAAUAAGGUGUCACACAUCGAAUGUGUGACUCGAGAAGAAGCGCGAGACUUCGUUGAAGAUGAUCAAACUCACACUUAGAAAAAAACAAGCAACGAAAAAUUAGGACAAGAGAAAAAAACUACAACAACAAAAAAAAUUAGGAAGGCCUGCAUCUUGGGCCACAGAUAUCAGAGAUGUUACUUAGCAUUAAACACAUUGUCCAAAAGGAGCAAAUCGAAUAGGAAAGGCAUCAAGCGUCUGAUACUAAUUAUCAUUGCAUUGUAAAAUAUGUAGAUAUGCAUAUGAUUCACAAAGCUCCGAUGACGUAAUUAUAUUCGUAUGUCUUUAAGUUCGAUGUGUACGUAUUACUAGGUAGCAGCAUGGGUCAAAUAGGGCUGAUAUCGUCAGCUGCAGGAUGCUUUUACAUAUUCAUUGUUUCUCCAUAGGUAAAAAGAUAGGUAUUCAUUUGUUUCUUAUUUCAGCGUGUCUUCUAAGUGAACUGUGUAUUUUGGGAUAUACACACAUGAUAUUUUUCUUCGAGGUCUGGAUUUUUGCUAUCAUUUUCUUUUAGUUAAGUAUAUACAUGUAUUUUUAUCAGCACCCAAUUUGUAUUUUUAUGGACAUAUUUUGGAUCAACGAGGUUUUACCCUUUGCGAACCUGUUCGCAGCUUUACGAAAUAUUGUAUGUAAAAUGUUUAAGUUAAUGUACAAAUCAAAUUCUGAUCUACUUCUUAACGCAGUCAUAUACGUACGAAGUCUGAAUUAUUUGUAUUAAAUACAUUUCACUCUGUGAGGACGCAAAAUUUGAGUGAUUUUGUGGGUUGGGCAUGUUAGAACGCAAUGUCACAAGCAAUUGCAUUUGUAAAUGUACGAAAAUAAUAAUGGUCGCGAA